AUGGCUGUCGAGAUGAAUCACUUUGCUCCACCGACUUACCGACCGCGGGAAGACGAGCUCCCGCCCGAGCUGAUUGUCUCAAUAGAACGCGUCCUUGACCUACACCAUGGCCAGGAAACCGACAGUCUAGACAGACUGACGAAUGAAUUUGAUUCAGUGAGCGUCUUGAACGGCUAUUUCCCCGACGAGGCAUCGCUUGGUCAGUUGGAAGCCGUACAAGCACGGCUUUCUAACAACGAGAAGGAGCUCCAGCGCGAGAUCGACUCCCUCAAGGAGGAGCUGAGACAUGACCAGGAUCCGGGCAGAAUGCAACUGAUCCAAGAGAUGAUUUCUGAUCUUUUGGGGCAAAUGUCUCGCAUUCGUGAGAAGGCGACUGAGUCUGAGGCCGUUGUGAGAAACAUAACAAAAGAAAUCCAGGUCCUGGAUCUGGCAAAGAAGAAUCUGAUAUUGAGCAUGACGACUCUGAAGAGGCUCCAGAUGUUAGUGAAUGCCCUCAGCCAGUUAGAAGAUCAAGUGAGAGACAAGAAGUACCACGAGAUUAUACAAACGCUCGCCGCUGUAAAACAAAUAGGCGCUUCCUUUAAGCCGUACACAUCUGUCCAACGCAUAUCCCAAAUUUUGCGACGCAUUCACGACAUACAGAAUGAACUCCGACUGAAGAUUGACAUGGACUGGGAGAACUUCUAUAUGCAAGACCCCUCCAAAACCGUCAAGCCGUCAAUCAUUACAGACGCCUGUCUGGUAGUGGAUGUAAUCGGCGCCGACUUCCGCACUCAGUUCGUGGAGCGCUACGUUGCGCUAGAGCUCAAGGAAUACAGGCGCAUCUUCCGGCCGACAGACGAGGCGGGACAGCUUGACAAUCUGUCUCGUCGCUUUGCGUGGUUCCGCCGCCUCAUACAGACGCACGAGACAGAGCAGGGUAGGGUCUUCCCAGCGGAAUGGCGCGUCGGAUGGUUCCUGUGCUCCAAGUUCAUUGAGAUUACCAGAGAUGACAUAUCGGUGUUGCUAUCAAAGGCGGGAUCAAAGCUUACGGUGAAGCAGUUACUGGAUACCCUUCAGGAAACGAUGGAUUUCGAAGCGUCGAUGACAAGGAAAUAUGCCACACCGAUCCUGGACAUUUUGAAGGCAACACAACCUGCAGGGGCAUCACGUCCUUUGCGGUCUAUCACCUCGGCUUUCGAACCUCACAUGGGCGUAUUCAUCGAUGCACAAGACAAAGUGCUAUCUGGCAUGCUAUCUCAAUACAGAGGCUCUAAGUCGCGAUCAUCCCUUGAGGCAGCUUCAGCGCCUGCGGGAUCAGGCGACGACGGUUCGCCUCCUGUUUUGGUCCUCCCGUCUUCGACAGAAUUGUUCUAUUUCUACGCUCAGACGCUGGAGAAUUGCGCCAAGCUGUUCACUGGACAGCCAUUGUUUGAUCUCUGCGCACUGCACAAGAAGUGGCUCAGAAUCUACGCGGAGGACGUCUUGAUGGCCAGUAUGAAGCGGCCUGCAAUUCAGUCAAGGAAGUCGAUGGACAACCGCUUCGAUCUUAACGAGCUGAAAAAAGCAUGCACGCUCAUAAAUACCGCCGAUUACUGCCAUUCUACUGCGCUGGAGCUAGAAGAAAAUAUAAGAGAGAAGUGCGACGAAGCAUUCAAGCCUAAGAUCACCUUGCAGGAUGAACGGGAUCUGUUUGUCAGUGCUAUCUCGGCAGCAAUCCAAGUUAUGUUGCAUGAGCUUGAGGCUGCAUGUGACCCAUCGUUCUCUGCCAUGGCUCGCACCGCAUGGUCCCUUCUGAAGACAGUCACCGGCCAGUCUGUUUAUGUAGAGGAACUCGUAAAUGCGAUUGAGCAGGUGGUUGAAGUGGUCAAGCCUUUAGUAGAGCAGAAGAAGUACCUCCGGAACUUCAUGGACAAGGCGUCGAGUGUUGUUCUUUCAAAGUUCACCACUGCUCUAGUGAAGAGUCGACCUCUUAGAGAGAUUGGAGCGGAGCAACUCCUCAUCGAUCUGCAGGCACUUAAGGCUGCACUCCUUCGGAUACCCGGCGAAGUAUUAACUACGACAAACUACACACGAAGUGUGACAAAACAGACAACACGGCUGGAAGCAUUGUUAAAAGUCAUUGUCACACCUGUGGAUCCAGCUGAAGGAUUCAUCUUGAACUAUACCCUCGUGAUUGGAGAUGCUUCGUUUUCUAACUUCCAAAAGGUUCUAGACCUGAAAGGCACGACGAAAGCAGAGCAAAACGAUCUCCUAGAUACCUUCCUGACGGUUACUAGCACCAAGACAGACCUAGAGAGCACCUCAUUCUUGUCAUCGCUCGACAUGGAUCCUGGGCACAACACCAACAUGACCAGCCCAGGCAAUAGCCGCGUGUCUCUCCUCCCCGGAGCAGUUACGGGAGACGGCAUUCUUGCAGCUCUCGGUUCACCGCCGCUAAGUGGUCCGCCGACAGGCUCGGAUACGCCGCCAAGGACGGAUCAGAUGACCAAAAGGGAAGUCUUCUCCGACUUCAAGAGGUUUGUCAGUUUCGCAGUGAGAAGGGAGUCAAUGCCACCUUCGUGA